GUGCUGCCGUACUUUCUGAUUUCCGCGUGUUAGUGUUGUGCAACAGGAUGGAGUGCCAUCUCGAUAUAGAAUAAAGUCCAUGGAUAAUGGGGACCUAGUGAUAUGGAUCAACUGUGCAAAAAUACAAAAUUCUGGCAAUAUCGGAUAAUACCCGAUGCAGAUGCACGGACGUCUUCAUGGACUGGAACCAAACAGUAAAUGGGGACCAGCUGUUAUUUACUCCAUGUUUUCUGUCCACGGUUCCUGUCUGGGUGAUACACGGCUGGAUAUGGAUUAUCUCCCCCUUCUAUAUCUAUUACCUGUUCAAUACCAAGACAAACCCCAACCCUUUCAAUUGGAGAACAAUUCUAAAGACUCUCCUCCUAGCAGUAAACACAGCGUUAUUGAUUGUACAGUGGGUUCUGGAGUACACACCUCAUCAUUCUCUGUGGAACGCAGCAGUCUUAGGCUUUACUUUGCAAAUCUGUACACAGAUUUUGGUAGGUUUCUACAUCCAUUUGGAACGAUGGAAAGGUUUUGUUACAUCCGGGAUUUUAUUCAUAUAUUGGACAGUUGCCAUUAUCAUCAAUGUAGUUCCACUUUACAAUAAGAUUCUUAAUCUGGAAUAUAUUCGGAAUACAUGGCUGUUUAUCGCAUUUUGUGCUAUGUAUGCAGUUCUUUGCAUGCAAUGGGUUUUGUCCUGCUUGGCAGAUAUUCCUAAACCUACUGAUAAGGAAAGUAGUCCUUAUUCCACAUCGUCCUUUCCCUCCAGACUACUUUUUUCCUGGAUCUUUAGGUUUAUAUUGAAAGGAUACAGACGGCCACUCACAAAGGACGAUAUUAUUCAUAUGGACUCCAGAGACAAAGCGAGUUACCUGUGGUCUAAAUUUCAAAAUUGUUGGAACAAUUCUGAGAGUAUUUCAAAGAAAUGUUGCAUCAAAAGAGGAAACGAUAUGCCUGUGUUAGAGAAUGCUGGAGAGUCCUUGCUUGCAAUGAAUGAGUUUGGAGAUAAUACCCAUCCUGAAUACCACCCUUCCCAUCAUUCCCUUUUGAGAACUUUAAUCAAAAUGUUUGGUCGGGAGUUCUUAAUGUUCCAUCUACUUGCUAUGAUCAGAGUUGUCUGUAAAUUUACUAAUCCACAAUUACUCAGAUUACUCCUUCAGUUUAUUGAAGAACCACUUGGUGGAACAAACCAGCUGUGGUGGGGAUAUUUCCUCGCUGUAUCUCUGUUUCUCGUAUCAGUAACACAGUCCAUGUGUUUCAGCCAUUAUUUAUACGUCUCCAUGAACUUGGGCAGGAGAGUCAGCGCAACUCUUAUGUCUGCACUGUAUAAAAAGGCAUUGACAAUCAGCCAUCAUUCGAAGCAGUCCUCAUCGGUUGGAGAAAUCUUGAAUUUGAUGUCAGUCGAUACCUCUACCAUACAAAAUAUCAUGAUGUUUCUUGGAAUGUGGUUUGAAAGCCUUCUGGAGAUAAUACUUUCAAUUUACUUUCUGUAUGACAUCCUCGGUUAUGCAACAUUUGCAGGAUGUGGCGUAUUGGCACUGCUGAUGCUCAUGAAUAUAUUCCUUAGCUCAAUGUCUUUUGGAAUAAUACAGAAAUACAUGAAACUCAAAGACGACAGAAUAAAUAUCUUGUCAGAAGUAAUCAAUGGCAUAAAGGUCUUAAAGCUGUACGCAUGGGAAAUGAUUUUCAAAGACAAAAUUAUAGGCAAGAGAAAUCUAGAGUUGAGAAAACUGCUGAAACUGAAAGUCUUCAAACGCAUUGUUGUAACCUCCUUCCACAUAUCAUCCUAUCUAGUCAUAUCUACAGUGUUUCUAACAUACAUACAUAUCAGUGAUACACCUCUGGAUGCCAAGACAGUAUUUGUCUCCCUCUCUCUAUUCAACGUAUUGAAAUACUCCGUCGACUACUUAAACUAUUCGGUUCGAGAUAAUAUGAAGUUUUUUGUGGCUUUAAGGAGAAUAGAUACCUUCCUCAACAGAACAGACAUCCAGAAGGAUAACGUUGAAAGAAAUGAACAAGGGGACGCUGUUACUAUCAUCGAUGGGGAGUUUGCCUGGGACAUCAGCAACAGUUUACUAAAAGAAGUGAAUAUAGCAAUCCCAGAGGGAGGCCUUGUUGCAGUAGUUGGACAGGUGGGGCAAGGGAAAUCUUCACUGUUGUCAGCCAUGCUGGGAGAAAUGAUAAAGAUAAGGGGAAAAAUCAGUGUCAAGGGCUCCAUCGCAUAUGUCCCACAAGAAGCCUGGAUUCAAAAUGCAACAAUCCAAGAAAAUAUUCUGUUUGGAAACAAGAUGGACGACAAAUGCUACCGUGAAGUACUGGAGGCGUGUGCUCUCACUCAGGACCUGAAUAUACUGCCUGCAGGAGAUCAGACAGAAAUAGGAGAAAAGGGAAUCAAUCUGAGUGGCGGACAGAAGCAGAGAGUGAGUCUAGCCCGCGCAGUUUACAGUGACAGGGACGUCUAUCUCCUUGACGACCCACUGUCCGCAGUCGACUCUCAUGUAGGCAGCCAUAUUUUUAAUGAAGUAAUCGGGCCAUCUGGGUUACUGAAAGACAAGACAUGCAUCUUGGUUACACAUGGUAUACAGUGGCUUCCUAAAGUUGAUGAAAUAAUCGUUCUAGUCAAUGGGAAAAUAUCAGAUUCGGGCACCUACGACGAACUAUUGGAUCAUGCUGGGCCGUUUUCUGACUAUUUGGAGAAUUAUUUGAUGGAUACAGAUGAAGGAACCAUAGGAGACGUAAUGGUAAAGAACUUACAAAGAUUGACGUCUCUAACAUCAAGUGAAACAGAUGGAUCGACAUUUGAUUUGAAACAGUCUAUAAAUGAUCUGAGUGCAAGAGAGCUUCCUGUUAAAAGUAACCCAAGCCUUGCAACUGAGGGACGUGUCUCUGUGACUGCAGAUAAAGAAUUGAAGAAAAAUAUUGGCAAAGAUAUUCUUAUUGAUGAAGAGACAACGGAAACUGGAAAGGUGAAGUGGAAACAGUUUCUGACCUACUUUAAAGCUGUUGAUCUGGGAUACUGCAUCUUGAUAAUUACCCUCUACGGCUUGAGUGAGAUUAUGACUCUCCUGGGAAACAUUUGGCUGAGCAGAUGGACAGAUGACCCUGUUAUGAAGUCAGCCAAAGCAACAGCGAAUGCCAGUAGCAGUGUUCAUCAAAGGAAUAUCCAUUUCAUCGGGUGUUACUUAGGAUUUGGACUAGGGCAAAUAACUGCUAUGGUGCUAUAUGGAAUUCUCUAUGUAUUGAGAACAACUGCUGCAUCUCGCACACUUCAUGCUAAUCUUUUGUACACAAUUGUGCGUUGUCCAAUCAGAUUUUUCGACACAACUCCAUCUGGUCGGAUCAUUAACCGUUUCUCCCACGAUAUGGAAUCAAUAGACAGUAGGCUACCACGUAGUUUAGAAAGCAUCCUGUUCUGCACCACAUCAAUUCUAGGAGUUCUGGCAGCCAUCACAUACAGUGCUCACUGGUUUCUGCUUGUAGUCAUCCCACUCGCCAUAACAUACUACCUUAUCAUGAAAUUUCACGUGCCAUCUGCCACGCAACUGGGAAGAAUUAUUUCGACCAAUAGAUCCCCAAUCUACAGUUACUUCAAUGAGACAUUGGCUGGUGCUAGUGUGAUCAGGGCAUUCGGCGAGGAGAACCAGUUUAUGGAUGAAAUGCAGAGGAGAGUGGAUGCCUUUCAGCAGGUUGACUGGGCUGAUAUAGCCAUCACUGGCCUCAGAAGUUCACAAUUAGAAAUACUGGGCUGUUUGGUCAUUUUGGCGGCCUGCCUAACAGCGGUAGGAACCAAAGAUAGCAUUAGUGCGGGGAUGGUUGGACUCUCAGUUACCUACUCUUUGACUAUAACACAGCUGAUGAAUUGGUUUGUAUACGACCUAACUCAGUUACAAACUAAAGCUGUAUCGGUGGAGCGGAUAGCUGAGUACACAGACAAGGAAUCGGAGGCUGAUCUAAUUAAUGUUGACCACCGUCCUUCAGAAGACUGGCCUUGUCAAGGUCAGGUCACUCUGUCCUCUUACUCCACAAGAUACAGAUCCCAGCUAGACUUGGUACUAAAGGAUAUUAAUGCCACCGUCAAACAAGGAGAAAAGGUUGGCAUUGUGGGGAGAACAGGGGCAGGUAAAUCUUCCUUGACUUUGGGUCUGUUCCGCUUGAUAGAACCAGUCUCUGGGAACAUUGAGAUUGAUGGAGAAAGGUUAACAGAUCUUGGUCUUCAUGACUUUAGGUCUAAAAUGACUAUUUUACCCCAGGAUCCUGUGUUGUUUUCUGGUACCCUGAGGAUGAACGUUGACCCUAUGGACGAGUACACGGAUGAAGAGAUCUGGAAUGCCUUAGAGCAUGCUCAUCUGAAGUCAUACGUUCUGUCCCUCUCUACUGGUUUAGACUCAGAUUGUGGGGAAAGGGGAGAAAAUCUCAGUGUGGGGCAAAAACAGCUAGUUUGUUUGGCAAGGUCUCUACUUAGGAAAACAAAAAUUUUAAUUCUGGAUGAGGCAACGGCAGCUGUUGAUUUGGAGACAGAUGAUUUGAUACAGAGGACGAUACGCGAGGAGUUCCGAGAGUGUACAGUGCUGACCAUUGCGCACAGACUUAACACAGUGAUGGACUAUGACAGGAUUAUGGUUCUUGACAAAGGCUGUAUGCUGGAGUAUGAUACACCACAGAAUCUUCUGUCAGACGACAAAAGCAUGUUUCAUGAACUUGCCAAAAAUGCUGGAUUAAUCAAAUAAGAAAACAUACGUGCAAAGAUAUUCGUAUAAUUAAUUCUAUCAUGAAAUUAAUAAUGUUGGCCUUUUUUAUAUUGACAAAGCGAAUGCUAUCAAAGUUAUGUAUAAUUCUUUGCAAUAGUGGGGAAAAUGUAGCAUGUGAGUGGUUUAAUCCUACAUGAGAGAAAAGAAUUUAUAUCAGAGUAUAAUAAAUUCAAGGUUGUUUGUAGUGUU